UUUCGUCGAUCUCUCUAUCAUUCUCGCUGCCCUGUGUCUUGGCUCGUUCCUCUGCCGAGGGUUUAUAUUCGCCAAUUCGUAAAACCCCUGAUUCACUUUUACGAAUUCUUUUACCAAUUUCAAUGUCACUCUCCUGAGAUCUCAAAACCGGGAAUUCUUCGGCCUCUCUGUCUAUUUCUAGGGUUUUUCUGGCGCUCAAUAUUUAUUUGAAUUACACUUCUCAAAGCGUCAACUCUUGUCAGAUUCACUUCAAAUCACCGGUAAGUCUUUGCAUUUUUUAAUGUAAACGAGGCGUUGGGGUUUGUUUUGUUGAUUUUGCUGCAAUUCAGUUCUAGGGUUUCCGUGAGAAGCUGGGAUUUCAAGGUUGACAAGCCCCUAAAUGAUACGGGGGUUUGAAUAUGAACGAUGGAGGUAGAGAGGAGAGUGUUAAGAGAGAGAAAGAGGGAGGAAACGAAGCACGAAGACGAGCCGGAGCGGACGAGUUCGGCCGAGCCGUGUCGAGGAUUGCAGUGGCUCAGGUAUGCGAGAGUGUUGGGUUUGAGAGCUUCAACGAGUCUGCUCUGGAGGCUCUCACCGACAUUGCGGUUCGCUACCUCCGUGACUUGGGGAAGACGGCGAGUUUUUAUGCCAAUUUAGCUGGUAGGACCGAGUGUAAUGUGUUUGAUGUUGUGCAAGGGUUGGAAGAUUUGGGUUCAUCUAGCGGGUUUGCGGGUGCUUCUGAGAUCAGAAAUUGCAUCACUGGUUCGGGUAUGGUGAAAGAGCUUGUUGAAUAUGUGGAGAAUGCUGAGGAGAUUCCAUUUGCUCAGCCGGUUCCGCACUUUCCAGUGAUGAGGACUCGAACUAUGAUCCCGAGUUUUUUUCAAAUGGGUGAAACACCACCAUUCAAGCACAUUCCACCAUGGCUGCCAGCAUUUCCUGAUCCUCACACAUAUAUACAUACACCAACCUGGAACGAAAGGGAAACAGAUCCUCGGGCAGACAAAAUUGAGCUUGCCAGGCAGAGGAGAAAGGCAGAGAGGUCUUUAUUGAGUUUGCAGCAGCGGUUGGUGGGUCAUGGUUCUGAAAUAGCUUCCACUUCAAUGGAUGCUGAUAGAAAAUGCAAGGCUUUACAUGUUACUGAGACUACGAAUCCAUUUUUAGCUGAGCCUCUACAAGAUGGAGAGCAAGAUGUUUCUUUGGUUCCUCUGCCAGCUAAGCUUUCGGAUAAAGCUUAUACUGAAAACCAUGUUUCUGUGCUAGACACGUUCACCCCUGCUAUUGAAGCAGUAAAGUCUGGUUUUCCAGACACUGGUGAUAUUGAUAGAAACAUUCCACUAGACAAGAGGCCUGCUGUUCGCUUGAAUUUCAAAACUGGGAAGAAGGUAUUACGUGAAUCUUUAGAUGUGAGUCUUCUUAAUCGAGGUUCUAAGAAAUCAGCAUCUUGGAUUGGGCGGGAUGAUGAGAAGGAUGACAAGAAAAGGAGAGCUGAGUUAAUUCUUAGACAAUCUAUGGAAAAUCCACAAGAGCUUAGUCAGUUGUAACUUAAGUGUUGUUGGAUGGUUUGCAUGAGGAAUGUCAUUGCACUCUUCAGAAAGUUAACGGUCCAAGAAAGCUGAAAGGUUAAAGGGCAUGUUGUCAUCAGUGGUUGUUAUGAGAAUCCUGUUGGAAGAACAUUGUAGUCCCAGGUGAAAACAAUUUUUUUAAGGUGUGCUGUAUCUUGUGCUUUUCAAAGAGUGCCAUGUGGAGGAUAUUUUAUCCCCUUUUGGUUUUAAUUGGUAAAGGAUGGUUCUGAUAUUGAUAAACCUGUUGGGCCUCAUGGCAAAGAUUGCUGAAAAUCUGUCUCACUUCAUGAUCUGCAACAAAUGUUUUGUAAUUCUUUGGAACGCAUUUGCAUCGCAUGGUAUGACUAAAAUGCCUGGUUGAUGGAAUCCAAAUUCUUUCUCUGCUGCUUCCAAUAACUUGACAAGGGGUGGACAUGGAAGAGCACUUAAUGCAACCCGGAACUUCCUUGCUUUGCCGUUGCCAGUAGCUAGCACAGGGAAGUGGCAUGCCUUAGGGUUCGCUUCAUCCACGAUUUUCUUGACACGGAUGCUAUUUCUGGCUUCCUUAACCCUAACAAAGCAGCUGUUGCUUUUGAUCUUGAAUUUAGAUUAAUCCAUGUACUGUGAUCUUUUCUUUUUGGAUCUUUUCUCCACCGAUCCAAAGGGUGGUUUCUUUUGUGUAUUAUUUUUCGUUUGUAGCUGGAAGUUUAAAAGGGAUAUAUAUGGAGUCUGAAGUAGGGGUUGCAUAUUUAUAGAUGAAAGUGGUGCUUGUGGUGUCUCAUUGUCUCAAGCCUCAUUUAUUGUCAGCCGGGUCCAGUCCUUCUUAGGGUCCCAAAGGUUGGCCUCUCCUUAACAGAACCACGAAUAGAAGGGGAUGUUACAAAUGGGGGAGAUGUAUGCUGGUGGAAAGAAAGCUGGCCAACUUUUAACAUAAGUAGAUCCCAAAGGAGAAAUGAAUGCUCAAAAGUAUAUAGGCUCGUACAAAAUGUCUAUGGUGGUGCUGCCUCAAAUUGUUUUGAUGGUCGUGGCCUAGGGUUCAGCCAUGGAAGUUUGGGUGGCUGCAUGUUAGAAGGAAAAGAACCGUUGAUUAAAGGUAUUGUAGCGGGCAAUGUAGUUUUGUUGAUUUAUAGCUUUUAGUGGCAAGGAAUGUGGAGAUCAGAAGCAGCAAUGGGGACUUGAUGCAAGAAAAAAAUUGGUGACUUGUGAUCGAAGGUUGAAAUUGUUUAUUGUCUCAUAUAUGCACGUGGUGCAUCCUGCACUCCAUUUUAUUAGUCAGCAGGUGAACGUGAAAGUGAAUCUACUUGUCAUAGGUCUCCAUUUGGUCGCCUUUUUAUCGCAUAGAUUCUCUUUUUACAAUUAUCUUUCUUAGCUGAAGAAAGGGUUUAUUGAGUUCUUCUCAAAGGAAAAUGAAGUCGCAUAGCCUUCGGACUCUUAAAAAUUC